CCUGACUCCGUUACGUAACACCAGAGUGAACUUCUACCUUAGCGACUUAUGUCACUCAGGGAGUGAGCGCGUGCGACCGCUGACAGUCGACGGAAGCCAUUUGAACGACACCUGAACGCUGAGCUAUCAGCGGCAGGUGGCUUUUAAUAGCUGGACUCAGCGCGCGGGGAGAAGAGUCGGCUCACAAUACAGGUAGUAGUGCAACGCUCAACAUGGCGACUCCCGAUCGCUCGUACAGGAGGUAUCGUUCUUGGAAUGCCGAUAUCGACGAGAUGGGAAAUGAUGCCUUGUUAGAUUAUCCCUCGACAGAAAGUAUUCCCUCCAAACGACCACGAUGUGUGAGUCUUUGGACGUGUGUGUUAGCUGUUGUGACUGUCGUCAUUUUGUUUCUGCUGGGUUUCUGUCUUGGAUAUUAUAUCCGGGAGAGUCUCAACGCUGCACAGAUUCAAACUUUCGAUUGCGCCUCCUACCGUAAGGAUAAGUUCAACGAUUCAAAAUUGGAAAGUGUUCAUGAAAAGAUUAUGUAUUUUAUUGCGGAAGACCCCAGACGAAUUGGAGAGUUUGUAAGAGACUUUGGCAACAAUGACCCAAUCUCCCACAGUCCGCUGGAGAAGAGGUUAGAGCAGACUAUGGAGGAAGAAUUGGAGGAGUAUGAUUUUGACGAUGUAGACGUGCAGGAGUACAACAUCAUCACAACCUACCCUGACCCCAAGAAACCCAACAUCCUACAGCUGUUUGACAGCCAGGGAAAAAUAAAGGAUACUGUUUCCUUGAAGAACUCUCCUGUUGUUGAAGAUAGGAACACGGAAAAUUCAAGAGGGAGUGCACCUUACACUAAGUUCCCGUUUGUGGCAAACACGUUGGGAGGAAGUGUGAAGGGUGGUGUGUUCUAUGGACAUUAUGGCCGUUUGUCUGACUUGUUGACCUUCAAAGGUCAAGGUAUCAACAUCACAGAUCAAGUUUUGCUCCUUCGAUUAGGAGUAACAUCAGUUGCGGAAAAGCUCCAGGUAGCCCAAGAUGCAGGAGUGGCUGGGGUGCUGUUGUACUGGGACCCCCCUGGACAAGGAACUGGCGAUCAGUCCACCUUGUUCACUGUACCCACUCAGACAAUCUCGACCAAAAUGGCAGCCACAUUUCUAAGGGAGCUGCAAGGAGCUUCUGUUCCGACAACAUGGAAGGGUGGAUUCAAUAACACCUACAGAUACGGGUCAGGCAACUUUACAGUCAAGAUUACGACAUUUAACAAGAGGAAAGAAGUGUUUGUUAGGAACGUCGUGGGCAAACUCAGCGGUUAUUCAGAGCCUGACAAGUACGUGAUUGUUGGAGCUCCACGAUCGUCCUUCCCAGGGUCUUCCACGGAUGCUCUCGUCUCCACGACCAUGCUGCGACAGAUCGCCUGGAGUUUACAGUACAAGAAAACCGAUCAAUGGAAGCCAAGACGGGGGAUAAAGCUCAUAUCGUGGGGAGGGGCAGAGUUCUCCAAUGCUGGGAUGAGGGAGUACAUCAAGGCCAAUAUGCACCUCCUUGGCAGGAGAGCUGUUGCCUACUUCGAUCUGAGUGAACUUGCCACAGGGAACAAGACGAUCACCGCCACCGUCACACCAGCGUUGAGGAAGCUGCUGAACACCGCCGCUCACAGGGUUCCCAAUCCCUUGAACCCAGAGACCAUGAUCCUUGACGACUGGGACAGGAAGUCAGCUGUAGGCUCCUCACACUGGUCUCCGUUCAAACUCUACACACAGGAUGUAACACGCCAUCCCUUCCUUCAUCUCGCAGGUGUACCGGAAGUUCACCUUCAGUUUGAGGGCACCACCAUCGAGGCUCCAGGAAGCAUAGAUGACAUGAGAGAGCUUGAUAGUCAGCACCACUUCAAGUACCACAUCGCUGUCAGCCGGGUUGUUACCAUGGCGAUGAUGAAGCUGGUAGAUGACUACGUCCUGCCGUAUUCCAUCAACGACUACGCACAGACUCUGCACGUGGCAGUGUGGCAGACAUCUGAGGCAAUCAAGGAAUGUUCGGAAGAAUUCAGAGACCUAGAACCUGAGCUGACCGUCACAGACCUUCUGACUGAGACAACCACAGCGUUCAAGGACCUCAUUCAGAUCUACCGCAAAAACCAGGACAUCCUGGGAGUGAAAUCAAUCAAUGAAGUUAAAAUGUUGUUUGAACGAAUAUUCGUAACUGGUUACUCAGGAAAACGGUUUUCAACUCAUCACGUGUUGUAUCCAGCACUUCAUGAUGACAGCAGUAUUGAACAUGCUCAAGAAUUAUGUCGAGUUGCCAAGGAAACGAAAAAAUGGGAUAAAGUGGAUAAAUUUCAACAAAAACUGUACAGGGUCCUUCAUGAAGCCCUCCGAAGUUUGCGUAUGAAUGAGUGAAAGUAUUUCAUGUGCAUGCCACACAUGCAUGGGAUAGUGCAAUUACCUCCCUUGGCAGGAGCUAUUCUGCAAUUGAAGUUACAUUAUCAGUCAAUAUCUGAUCAGAGAAGAAUCUGUGAAGCAGAUGCCUUGAUUGGAAAGAGUUAUUUAUGUACCUGAAUUCGUAACCAGUGAACGUAUUUGCACACGUGAUAUGUGGAUACUGUUUUAUAAACAUUGUGUUCUUUGAUGAAGAUUUGUUAUACAGGAGUAUUCGUGGACCGACAGAAUCAUGGAAAAGUGAGAUGACAAUCAUUUUAACGAUAUCCCAAGAAGAUCUCUAUCUGGUACCAUAUACCCAACAACUUAUUCUGAUAAUUACUUACUGCAACAGGACUUGCAAGGAAUCUCUCAUUUUAUCUCAUUCAUGGACUCGGAAAGUAAAACUGCCCCCGGGCGAAUACUGGAUCUGAAUGUUGAUAGACACAAAUGUGAAUCUAUUCGUGCACAUAUUUUCAUGGUUCUCCUGUAGAGAGAAUAGAAGGCUUGCUCACCCAUCUUGGUUGGUAUUUUUGUGGGUUAGCGGAAAACACCUGAGUAAUCUCCCUUGUGAAGGAUCAUCCAGGUACAUUCAAACCCAGUGUUGAUGGGUUCAAACCUAGCCUCAGUGGCCACAUGAACCUUUGGGAUACUCCCACUGUCCUGCCACAAAUGACUGGUGACAACCGUAAAUGGCAAGACACAUUUUUUCUGUAUUUUUAAAGUGUUUUCUGUCUCAUGUGAUGCUGUGUAUCGACUCCAUAUGUAUAUAUUCAUCUGAGGAAGGUGCUAAUCCCCUGGUGUCCACACAUGUCAAAACAAUUUUGACGGAGUGUUUGUCUUCACAGUUUGAACUUUAUGCCAUAAUUGAAUUGCAUAUUUCUGUUGUAUGAUGAUUAUUACACCUUCAUGCUGUUGUCAUAUCAUGCCUAUAAUAUACCCAUCGUAACCAGCUGCUGUUUCUCAAAACCACCAAGAAUGGUUCAAACCAUGCCUCAACCCCACAAUAACCAGAUCCCUGCCGAACCAGACCCUACAUUAACCAGAUCCCUGCCAAACCAGACCCCACACUAACCAGAUUCCACCCAACCCGAUUGUGAUCUCAAUACUUACUUUGACCUUUCACUUAUACAUCAUCUUAACCCUGUGAUUCGUGACCCUGACCUAAAAUAUGACAUCACCUUGACCUUAACUAUUGCUGACCUUGAACCCAAAUUGUUGUUCCAACCGCAACCAUGACCCCUAUAAUGACAGUCACAUAACAAUUAUUCGUUUUAUUUAUUCACCUUCCUUGUCUAAAAGAUGGACCAGACUUUCGCAAACUGACAAAGAAGCCUAAACCCCACUUUUUCUAUUGACAAGGUUUUUUAUGUAAGUAAACUACAGUUGUUACACAUGCCAUGACAGUAACUUUUUUAUAAUGAAGUAAUUGGAAGAUCCUUAACUUUCUUUUAAAACCGUGUUACUUCAUGAAUUUCACCAAUCACAAAACUAUCUGAAAUGAACAGAAGAAUGUGGCUCUGUUCAACAGACUUUAUUGAGUAUGUGAGAGCACAUAUCUAUAAAUUUUCGAUUUCUUUUUCAAAAAUAUUUUCAGUAUUUAUUUCUUUCAAACAUGACAUAAGAUUGGCCUUAAAAAACGUAUACUACUAGAAGAAAAUGACAAUUUUCGAUUUGUUGUAUUAUUUUCUGGUACCUCCUGUUUUCCUGUGAAUACACAACAUUCUUUCAUUUGUAUAUACAUAACUCUGUAAUUUUUGUACAUCCAGGUGUAUCGAGAUGUAAUGUUGACCUCUGCUUGACCUUCUGUUAUCCCUGUAGAAUGUUGUGUAGAGCUUGCAGUGACCUGUCCUGUGUGGAUUUGGAGGUCAGAUUGGGUAUCCAGUUCUCAUUCACGUGACUGAUCGCUUGUCAUUGACUAUCAACAACUGGAACCUGGUGAUGAAACUAGCAGACGACACAGACCAGUUACAUCUAAAGUGUACAUUCCUGUACACUCCUGUGUACAGACAAGACAUUAGAUUAGAUGCUGCUAAUUCCUCGGGAGUUUCCAGAUUCUCGGUUUCAUAAAUGAUAAGAGUAGUCCUCAGAGUUAUCCCCCUUACACAAUGUGAUCAAAGCAUUAUGACUGUCACACAUCUGUGAGGAAGGCUGAGAGUUAUGUUCCUCUUUGUGCAACGAUCGCUUUGAUGAACUAGGUACAAAUUUACCACAGUAUACUUAGAUCAAACACUUUUAGAUGUCAAUAUUUUCAAAAUAAUCUGAUGACAUAGAAAUAUAUUGCAAUUUACAUGUGCCAAUUUACAGCCUCCAUUGGUAUUGAUGACAAGGGACUGUGAACUUGACCAAGUCAAUCCUAAGUAUAGUUUUGGUGCUAGUUGCUGUUUGUGACUGAAGAGCAUACAUAGGAACAUAUACCGGUACCAAAGAUAUGCCAGUAGUGCCAGGGUUAUUCAACAUAGCUGCUGGGUUUAAAGGCAUACCUACCUGUCUGACCAGUUUUGGCGAUAAUGAACAAAACACAUACAAUUGGUUGGCGUUAAAUCCCAAAAUUGCCUUGAUGUAAAUCUUUUUUCCACACGAACCAUGAGUACCUGUCUUCACUCAUAUGGUAACUGUAGAGUUCCUUGUGGUAAGGGAAAUGGAUUAAAUGGAAUGUGUUAUUAAUGCCACACAGCACAGGGCAGAAUGUAAUAAUAAUAUCUGGCACAGAAAAUGACACCUGAGUUCUUUACAACAAAGCAAACAACCACAUUCCAGUAUGUUUCAGCCUAUUUGUAAAUUUGAACCUUUUUGGAAAAAUAUAAACAUGUAAUUUUUGUGGUAAUUACUCAGAGAUGUCACUGAAGCCGUAACAGCAGUUGUCCAUCUUGGGGAGACCCUUUUGUCUUAUUAGUGGUGUUGUGCAUCAUUUUAAGAUAAUGUACAUCAUGUCAAGAGACGUUUUUUGAAUGUGGUUAGUGAAUGUUUAUUUGUCAAAUGUUUGUAAAUAGUGACGUGCUGAAGCUGUAUAAAGUCCUGCUUGAACAUUGCAUCAUCGUUUUGUACCGAAGGUAUUCAUCAGAUCACAUAAAACAUGCACAAACUA